ACAAAAUGGCUUCUGCCAAAUUAAUUUUCACGUUUGUAAUAGCUUUCUUGUUGUCCUUGUUCAUAUCCCCUUCUCAUUCCUUUUGGUCUUAUCCUCCAAAUGAUGAUGGUCUCAAGGUCUCUGCCAUUGAUUCUCCAAAGGUUAAUCUGUCUCUCUACUAUGAUACUUUGUGUCAAAAUUGCUCUACUUUCAUCGUGACAAAUCUCACAGAAGUCUUCAACAAUGAUCUCAUCACUAUCAUCAAUCUCAGACUAGUCCCUUGGGCCAAUGCUUACAUUAAUAAAACUAACAAUGCCAUUGUUUGUCAGCAUGGACCUGAUGAAUGCUUACUAAAUACUUUGGAAGCUUGUGCUAUCAACGUGUGGCCCAAUGUGAACAUACAUUAUGCUGUGAUUUACUGCUUUCAGUUUCUGGCCAUUGAGGGAAAACACAAAGACUGGAAAAGUUGUUUUGACACGCUGGGGUUGAAUAAGACAUCCGUUUUGGACUGCUAUAUCAGUGGCAAUGGAACAAAGCUUCUACAAAAGUAUGCUGAUGAAACUGGCCAUUUAAGUCCACCUCAUAGAUUUGUGCCAUGGCUGGUUGUCAAUAAUCAACCACUCCAAGAGGACUAUAAAAAUUUUGCUACCUAUGUCUGCAAGGCAUUCAAAGGCAGUGGAGCACCUCAGGCCUGCAAAUCACUUGUACAUAAGAAGAUCAACUAGUUAGAUUAGAGGGCAUAUCAUAUUAAUUAACUUUGCCUUAAAUGUAAAAUAAGAAUAGCAGGUGUUCUUAACAGUUUCUAAAGGCAACAAAAAAUAUCAUGUGUAAACCUUUGUGAUGGAAGCUUCAAAAUGAUUUCCAAUAUUAAUAUGAAAGAAAAAUCCAGAGGCUG